AUGGGCUGUUGCUUUAGUAAGGAGCGCAGGCCCAGCGUGCAGAGUGAGACCAGCAGCCUUUUACAGCCCCUACUCCAUAACGGGACAACUGACACGACUGAACAGGUCAGGUACCAUGUUUCGGGUGUAGUUCAGCAUGCGUCCCUAGAGGCUGACGAGACGUGUUUGCCAGAUGACUUGAUUCGGUGGAAACCUCCGGAUGAUGAUGAUAACGCAGAGCUAAUUUACUGUGACAAAGUUUGGACUGAGCCUGCUGUCACUUCACUGAAGGAGAAGAAUAAUAAAGUAGUGAACAAAUGCAAGGAGGACGAGGCUUUUAUUUUCACAUCCAACAGAGAGGUCCAUUCAAACAUGGACACAGAAUUUACACAAAAUCCCAAAGCCAGGACCAGCUGUGAGGGGGUCUGUGAUACGGAGGUGCCCACUGAUCGACCAGUCAAACAGACAGCUAAGGAGCUUGCUGCUCUCAGUUCUUCAUGGUUUGACCAUCUCCCAGGCAGCCAGAACCAGGAUGAGUCAGAAAACUGGCAGCCAUGUCUUGCCAGGACACCCUUUAUGGACUCCAAUGGCAAAACGGAGUCAAAUAGCCAGACCCUGAUGAUCAAUGUAGGACAAAGAAUGCAGCGGGAUGCCCCAAGUACCAAGAACAAGUAUGAGGGUGGCAAUGAACUCUGUGCCAUCAAGGCAUCUCCAGGGCACUGUUUUGGUGCAAAAACCCAGAGGUUCUAUAGCAUAUGUUCCAUUGAUGACCUCGAUGAUGACCAUGACCUCGACCAACCCCAAACAGCUGGACUUGGAACAGCUGUCAUGCAUAUGGCUGAUUCAUCGUGCGUUGUGGCGUCUCUGGCCUCCAGCCAAACAGCAGUGCAUAAAGUCCUCUACCCAUCAUGUGCUGUUACAGAUAACUCCUCACGUGGUUCAUGUCUGAGCUCCUUAUCACGGACAGAUUCAGAUGAGUCACUCUCAGAAGAGCAAACUACAACUUCACCUUAUCCAGUGACAGCAGAUUGUCUCUCUGAAGCACUACUCUGGUCCAAAAACCACAUAAAUGGUGAGAAACCUCUUGACUCAUCUGAAUACUUGAUUUCUUCUACACUUACAAAGGAUGCUGAUGAACUGACAGAUAGUGAAUUACAUUUAAUAGCAUCAGGCAAGGAUGAAAGUGCCUGUGAUGAGACAAAGCUUGAGGGUGAGAACCUGAAGCUCCAUGAGGAACCAUCAGCUGCACAGGACAAUGUGUGUUUCGAUGGGGGCACCGUCAGUCCUACGGAGGAGACUGUGGCCAUCUUUCAGGAGGAAGACAAGCUUCAGAGAAUGGAUGUUCAUUUGUGGGCAAGUGACCUCAUAACAGUUCUCCAGACCACCACUUCUCCAAAGGCUGACCUCAGCCUCAAACAGCUGCACAGGGAGGACCUGGUUUCUCCUUUGCAGGAUAAAUCACACCUGCUGAGUGAAGUCAUGGCAUCAGGUCGCUGUGGAAUCCAAGGUGAGGAAGAAGAUGUAGUCCUCACUGGCACAACAGCUUCAAAUCUUUCUGAGGUGUUCUUGGAAUCCACCUUGCCACCGCCACCUAAAGAACUAUCCAUCGUAUCCUGCCAUACAAGCCUGAAGCAUCUCUCAAAUGUCACACCUGACAAAUGGGAUUUUAAUUAUAGUGGUCCAGUGUUUCAACUGGGAAAUGGGUUUGAGGCCUCAAGUCAAGAAACCGAAGUACCAUCUGCUGUAACUGAAGAAAGAGGCCACAAGAUUGUCGACUGCGACACACAUCUUGAAACAGCUGAUGGUAAAAUGAACCAAGGCGAGCUGGUAUCUGGUAACGAUUGCUUUAGUGGACCUUUUGAGGGUGUCCUCGUGGGGGGAGACAACAGCAGGCCAUCUGAGAAAGGUGAUGUAACACUUUUCAAGAUAAUUGCGAAUGGGAAAUGUGACCUGUUUUCUGAGACUUGCAGUGACUGUGCAGCUGUUCAAAGUAAAGCUGUUCUUCAGGGCUCUGAGAGCCGCGUUGAACAGUCAAGUCACAGUCCAGCUGGAAGUGUGGAUUCUGCCACGUCCUCUUUCACUGCACUUGCCUCAUCCUCAUCCUGUAGCUCACCUUUUGAGGAAGGAGAUCAAUAUUUGUGUUCAGAACCUAAUCUCACUCUGCCCAAAACAAGCCACGUACUGGUAAAUCCGGCGAAAGACAGAUUUGCGGAUUUAUUUAUGCCAGUAGUGUAUCAUCAGCAUGGAGCUAAUGAUACGGUAGAACAGAACUCACAACCUGAAUCACAGCUCUCUAGCUCCAGUGUUUCUUCAGAUGUAUCCAUACCUAGCAUGAACCUCGGCUUGUUGAAUGAGGCUACUGAUAAGUUUCCUCAACCUAGAGAUUCAUCCAAUAAAAUUCACAUGGAGGAACUUAAUCAACUGCACAUAUCAGAAGAUAAGCACCGCACUUUAGACUGUCACAGUCCUCCAGACACUCACAGAGUUCCAGUUGCAGAGGUGCCAUCUGCCAGCACUGAGGUUCAUGGUGAUAUCACAGUGUGUGACUCAUACAUGGUGCCCAAUUUGUUGGACUGCCAGGAAAACUGCAACUUGAUCCAAGUGGACCCGGGUCAAGUUGAUGUUUAUGCUUCGACUCCAUCUUACGAAAUACAUUUUGCAGGUCAUGAACCUUCUGCAGUUGCUGAGGAGGGAGAAAGCCAAGGUGGGAUGAGGAACAUGAUGUCUGAUCUGCUGGGAGAAGAUGCAGACUCGUCCAUGUGCCACCUAUAUCCCAGCGCGUGGAUAAAACUGGGUCUGGAGGAGAACUGCGAGGGCUGGGCUCAGGGGGUGUGUGAGGUUGAGGCCAGCCAGGAGAAAAGUGAGGUAGACAGUGACGGAGAGCACAUCCCGGCCUUUGUUUCUGAGCUGCAGCCAUUGAUGGCACUGCUGGGAGCUUACCCAUACAGUACCGUGAUGCCUCAGGGGACGUGUGUGUGGGACUGGCACACCGAAUAUUCUCAGUCUGAGCCGCUCCCCAGACCGGACCUUAACCCUGAUGGUGGCAUAUGUGUUGAAAGUAACUUUAACUUGGGUGUCCCUGACGUCACCAUGCUACAGGCUCAGUUGGCAUGGAUGGAAUACGAUAAUUUAAACACACAAGAAGGUGAGGUUGAGCAACAGCUGAGGACCAUUUUGGAAUCCUGCUUGACAAAGGAAAACCUGGUCAACGACCUGUACCUUGUCUCUCAGAUGGACAGUAACCGGUACAUUCCCAUCACAGCUCUGGCCAGCCUUGACCAAGUAAAGCUGCUCAGCACAGACCUGGAUCUCAUCACCGACAUUCUGAAAUCCUUGCCACAUAUCCAGGUGUCUUGGUGUGGACAGAAGGUCCGGCUAAAACAGAAUCGAUGUGUUGUUAUUCUGCGUGAGAUCCCUGACACCACGCCUCAUGAGGAAGUGGAAGCUCUAUUUGAGGGGGAGAACUUGACCAAGUUCCUGAGAUGCGAUUAUGUGGGCAACGAUUACUGGUUUAUCACCUUUGAAUCUGAAGAUGAUGCACUGCAGGCGUACACACAGCUGCGAGAAGGGAAACAUCUGUUUAACGGAAAGCCGGUAAAAGCAAGAAUAAAAGCGGAAACCAUGGCAGUCAACUGCUACACCCCACAAACUAGCUGGACACCCUAUCAAGUGGAGCAACAUGGCCAUCCUUAUGGUGCAGAUUUCCCCCAGCCCCCCUAUCAGCUGCACUACCACGAUCACAUGCUGACGUCACAGCCCUAUGACAUCACCAAAGCAGGAUAUCCAGGCUCAGCUCAGUAUGAUGCACCACUGAGGAGCGACUUCAUGAGGGGGUUUCCAGAAUGUUAUAGCCACCAGCCUCCCAGCCCACACAGCCCGGGGAGAGACUCGAGGUCAAGAGGCUUUAGAUUUCGGCAGCAGAACCAGCUGGACGACUUACCUCCUCCAUCAGAGAAAGGACUGAAAGCAAACAACACUGCUUUCACUCCAGAUCACAGAAGGCCAUGGCGCAGUACCCACUGUCAAGGCAGAGGUGGAAGGAAAGAAAACUUUGGCCAGAGGAGAAGAGGGAAGGGGGCACGACACAUAUCUGCUGGACACUGUGGUAAUCAACCAACCCCAUCUGCCCGUCGCCAGCCAUCCCCUCUGUGUGGUGAACAGUGGGACUCAUCCUUUCCUCCUCUCUCCUCCUCAAACAACAACAUGGAAAGAGUACCCACAACUGAACACAAGGAUGCAGGCACAAACAGAAGACCGGUGGGGAAGAUUCCCGAAGACCAUCAGCCUAACCUGCAGCUGAAUGUGGAAUUCAGUGCAUACAUGAGUUGUGAGGCAAAACCAGCUCAGGAACCAGAUGUGGAGUCCAAAAAGCCAAGCUAUGCUGAGGUGUGUCAGAGAGAUCUGGUUCAGCCAGCCACCGACCACGCCUCCUCAGGAACAGGAACAGAGCCCAUCGCCGACCUCUCCCGGCCUUCUGACUGAUGCCCAGAAGCACGACGACAACUUUACAUUGCUGCCUUGCACGUGUCUUACACAACACAAACAACCUACACUUUUAAUGAAGAA